AUGACCCGCACUCUGUCCCCAAGACCCGGCCGAGACCUCGUCCUCUGUUCUGUGACCUCAGACAUCUCGUGCACACCUGCGCAUACCCUCACUGAGACACACUCGGAACUGUCGCGCCGCCCUCUCCAUCUCUCCACCACGAAGCCCUCUUACGCCAACGUCGACGACUGUGUCAGCCUCACCCAGACGAACCCCACGACUGCGAAGCGACCUCCUUCCUCCCACAAGUGCGUCCUAAAAGAGCUAGGUGGCUUGCGGUCUUGCGCUCGUGAUAUGACGAAUUACUCGACCUUCUCUGAUGGAAACGAAACUGGCUCUGAAGCCGGAGCCAUGGCACGGGGCAGCUCGUCCUUCUUUGCGCUCUCACAGCUCACAUACCCCAAUGCCGCCGUCAUAUUUGAUGCCGCGAUCGCCGUAAAAUGCUUUGGAGUCGCUGUCUCCUAUUUGAUCAUCAUCGGCGACCUGAUGCCAGGCGUCGUGAGGGGCUUUAAUGAAUCCGCAGACCGGGUUCCCUUCCUGGUCGACCGGAACUUUUGGAUCACAGCAUUUAUGCUCAUCAUCAUCCCUCUUAGUUUCUUGAGAAGACUGGAUUCACUCAAGUACACGAGCGUUAUUGCGCUCAUCUCCAUCGGAUACCUGAUCGUCCUUGUUGUCUACCACUUUGCCUCAGACUCAGUGGAGAACCGCGGCGAAGUCAGCUACAUCGCUUGGAACGGUGCCAUAUCCUUCCUUAGCAGCCUGCCCGUGGUAGUCUUUGCGUACACAUGCCAUCAGAAUAUGUUCUCCGUCAUCAACGAAAUCAAGGAUAACACACCAGCUAGCAUCGUUGGUGUUAUCUCGUCCAGCAUCGGAUCCGCAGCAAGCAUCUACGUCUUGGUUGCAAUUACAGGCUACUUGACCUUUGGCAACACUGUUCUGGGCAACAUCAUCAUGAUGUACCCUUCGUCCGCAGCCUCGACCAUCGGCAAGGCUGCCAUCGUCGUGCUGGUCAUGUUCAGCGUUCCACUUCAGGUCCAUCCUUGCCGAGCCUCUCUUGAUGCAGUGCUCAGGUGGCGACCCAACCGUGCCCACCGCGGUCCAGACUCCCCUAGCAACCGCUCCCUACUCCCCAACAGCUCUGGGCCAACCGAUAGCCAUGGUGCGCCGGCUGUGUCCAUGUCCGAUAUGCGUUUCGCCCUUCUCACAACAGUCAUAAUCGUCCUGGCAUACAUCACCUCUCUCACUGUCAGCCAGCUGGACCGUGUGCUGGCGUACGUCGGCGCCACGGGAUCAACGUCCAUCAGCUUCAUCCUCCCCGGGCUGUUCUACUACAAGAUCAGCGAUCCGGAUAGUAUCCAUCACCAGAGGCUCACCAAGGAAGAUGACGACGUAGACGCAAACGACAGCGACGAUACAGAUAUUGGGUUUGAGCCAAGCGGCUCGGGCAUCCUUGAGGCUGGCGGGAGCAUCCGCUCUGGCGGUGUCAGUGCCGGUUACGGCGGUUGGUGGAGGAUGCGCAGGAGGUGGAGGUGGGACAUGGAGCACAUCGAGCACGGCCUGCUGAGGAGGCUGGCGCUGUGUCUGGCCAUAUACGGCAUGUGUGUGAUGGUCGUGUGCCUGGUGUUGAAUACCUUCUUUACUGUGGCACACUAA